CUUUGUUGUGGUUCCACUCAGCUGGGGGGGAAUUACUUGAUAGUCGCCGGUAGUUCGCGGAGGAACCACAACACAACACUUGACGUUGCCAUGUCCAGGUCAAUUAGGUUCUAUUACGACUUGUUGUCACCUACCGCAAGGGGACUGUGGUUGGCUCUGAAAUUGGGCAAAAAACCCAUCGAGUAUUGCCCCAUUGCCCUCCGUAAAUUUGAGCAACUUACCGAUGAAUACAAGAAGAUCAAUCGCUUUCAGAAGGUGCCAGCCAUCGUGGAUGGGGACUUUCACUUGGCGGAGACCAUAGCCAUCAUACGUUAUCUCGCCGACAAAGGUCAGUUCGAUGAAAAGCUGUACCCGAAGUCUAUAGAGGCUCGGGCGCGGGUAGAUGAGUUUCUGGAGUGGCAGCAUCUCAAUAUACGACUGGCCUGCUCUAUGUUCUUCCGCGAUGCCUGGCUCUUUCCCAUAAAUGGUUUGGCACCCAAGCCCAAGCCGGAACAGAUUAAGCAGCUGGUGGAGGGCGUGGAAAACAAUUUGGGUCUGCUGGAGUUGCUGUUUCUGGAGAACGACUUCCUGGCAGGACCCAAUCUAACGGUGGCUGAUAUCCUGGGCGCCUCGGAAAUUAAUCAAUUGAAGAUCUGUCACUAUUUUGUCGAUGGGCAAAGGUUCCCUAAGGUAACCAAAUGGUUGGAACGCGUUCGAGAGGCCACAAAUCCCUUUCACGAUGAGUCCUUGAAGUUUAUCAAUCACAAAGCCAAACAGGAUAAUGUGGCUAAAUUGUGA